AUGUCGGCCCCGCUGUUGAUCGAUGACCUUUCGGCUCUCAAGCGGGAGAACAAGGAGUUCCAGAAGGCUCUCACCAAAGCUGUGACGAACUUGAAGGACCUGAGCCAUUACUCCGAGUACAUUCACCGUCCACUGGAGGAGGCCAAGGACAGUCCCAGUCUCCCACACAGACAUCCCAUUCCAGUGCGUGAUGGAGGGCGAAGUAGAGAUGGAGACCAACCGUUGACAAUUCAGAUGAAGGCGGCUCAAGCGAUGCACGAAGAAUACGAAGCGCUCAUCGCCGACUUAUCCAGUGAAGUGCGGCAGUUGCGUAUCGAGUUGUCGAGAAGGGAAGCGUCGGCAGCCAAGGACGCGACGACCAUCGCCAACUUGUCCACGCAAUUGAGUGCUUCAACUUCGGAAAUCCAGGCGCGGUCGUCCGCCUUGUCCGAAUGCAUGGACCGAAUCCAGGAUCUCGAAACCACAGUGGCGAGUCAAACGCGAGCCAUCUUGACCAAAGAAACCGAACGGAAACAGCUGGACGCUGAUGCGGUGGACAUGCGGAGGCAGCUCCGCGCGGCCGACACGUCCGCGCAAGAGUUGACCAUGUUACAGGCAUCCUUAGACCAAGAAAGAACUACGCGGAAGAAGGCGGAGAAGCGAGUGGUUGAUUUGGACGCCAAAGUGAAAGUUUUACAUGGGCAAUGCGCCGUGCUCGAGCAAAUGCAUGCGACGGUGGAUGCACAACACCGAAAGGACAUGCAGCUCGUUGUGGAGCAGCUGGACGAGGCCAAAUCCAUGCUCGGUCGCGUCCAGGUCGACAUGUCGGACCGCAUUGCAAGGCGGGACACGCGGAUAUCUCGGUUGAAAGUGGCCGUGUUGGAUUUGCAACAAGAAAAAACACAAUGGCAAGCUCAAGUGGACCGAUUCCACAAGGCGCUCCGCAGCGCCACCACGGCAGACGACCGCAUCCACGUCGAACGCGUUGCUUGCAAACGCAUGGUGCAACGCUUCAUCUACUGCACAAAUUGCUCACUAUUGGAGGGACCGAGAUUAGUUGGACGAAGCCAAGAUGGCCGCCGCGGAGGAUGCCGCGCGAUGUCACCGCCUGGAGAAGGAGCUGAGCGAUCUGCGGACAGAACUCGCCUUGGCCGAUGAAGCGAGACGCGUCCAAGCGCAGCGGCAUGCCCAGGCGUUGCUUGGGAAAGAAGCCGAGGCGGCGUACGUGUGGGAGAAAUUUGUCACGCAGCAAGCAGCGUCAUGAAAGCAAACCUCGAACAACCUGAAAUUGGCCAAGUAUAAAGUGUUGAAUAUGUACAGGACUAUUGAUACUCUGAAGUUAGUACUUGUAAUAAUUAGAGUAUUGUGCAAUUGAAUCGACACUAUUGGGUAAUACAUACAUUCUGAG